GAACAUGUGUACUCUAGAAAUAUAACACGUAUUUUAGACAGACUUUUGGAUGGUUACGAUAAUAGGCUUCGACCUGGAUUUGGAGGUCCAGUGACUGAAGUCAAAACAGAUAUAUAUGUAACCAGCUUCGGUCCUGUGUCAGAUGUUGAUAUGGAAUACACAAUGGAUGUGUUUUUCCGCCAGACAUGGAUUGAUGAAAGACUGCAGUUUGAUGGUCCUACAGAAAUACUUAGGUUGAACAAUUUAAUGGUCAGUAAAAUCUGGACACCAGAUACAUUUUUCAGAAAUGGGAAGAGAUCCAUCUCUCAUAAUAUGACAACACCAAACAAACUUUUCAGAAUUAUGCAAAAUGGAACAAUUCUUUAUACUAUGAGAUUGACCAUUAAGGCUGAGUGCCCAAUGAGGUUGGUGAAUUUUCCAAUGGAUGGCCAUGCUUGCCCACUCAAAUUUGGAAGCUAUGCUUAUCCAAAAAGUGAAAUAGUCUAUACUUGGAAAAAAGGACCCCUCUACUCAGUGGAAGUACCUGAAGAAUCAUCAAGUCUUCUCCAAUAUGAUUUAAUUGGACAAACAGUUUCUAGUGAAACUUUGAAAUCCAGUACAGGCGAAUAUAUAGUUAUGACAGUGAAUUUCUACUUGCAAAGGAAAAUGGGAUACUUUGUAAUACAGACAUAUAUCCCCUGCAUAAUGACAGUCAUUCUUUCACAGGUUUCAUUUUGGAUCAAUAAGGAAUCUGUUCCAGCUAGAACUGUUUUUGGGAUUACAACUGUACUUACAAUGACUACAUUAAGCAUCAGCGCCCGGCAUUCCUUUCCUAAAGUAUCAUAUGCCACAGCCAUGGACUGGUUUAUAGCUGUUUGCUUUGCGUUUGUCUUCUCUGCACUCAUUGAAUUUGCAGCUGUGAACUAUUUUACAAACAUCCAGACUCAGGCAGCAAUAAUAAAAGCAGCAAAAGAAUCGGCGUAUGCAGCAGUAAAUGCAGUGAAAGAGGAUGAAAGCAUUGUGCACUCUGAUUCCAACUGCAACUUAAAAAAAAGAAUUAACUCAACGGCUUCUCAGCGAGAUUUGUCAGUGGAUGACAACAUACCAUCUUUUAGAACAUCAGAUCAUAAACGAUCCUAUAUCACAACGCCAGAUCUUACUCAGUUAGGAAUCUCAUCAAACCCUCUCAUGGGGACGAGUAAAAUAGAUCAGUAUGCCAGAAUACUAUUUCCAUUGGCAUUUGCAGGUUUCAACUUAGUAUACUGGGUUGUUUAUCUUUCAAAAGACACUAUGGAAGUGAAUCUCAAUAUUUGA